AUUUCAGAUCUGUUGUUUAAUCUUUUUAUGCAUCAAUAUCCAUGUGAAUCCUCUUACAUGGCAUGUUGAAUACAUCUUUAAUGUUCACAUCAUGGUCAUCCACCCUAUCCAUAACCAAAUAGUAACAAAAUAACAUCACAUAGUGAAACAUGUGUCUUUUUUUUUUACAUGAAAAUCCUAGCAUUAUAUAUCUUCAUGUUCAUCCUGAUAUUGUGAAAAUCCAUUAUGUAUGCCUAACUCCUUUGUAAUUAUUAUGUCUUCAAAAUUCAUCUGUCAUUGUGUGCAUGGUACAUAUAUAUGUCUACCGUGGUUGAUUACAAAAAUAUCAUGAGUGACAGUCGAAAAUUGUUAUAAUUGCACUUCUCAAGGUGAUAAACAGUUUAUAAGCAUAAAAAUUCCCAUUCGGAUUUAACCAUGCUGUACUUUUAUUUUGCCUUUGCAGGACACUGUGGACAUUAUAGUCGGUUGGUACAUUGACACAACCCAGAAGGAAGCCCUUUUGAAGUACUGUGAAGACUCACUGUCAAGUUUCAGUCGCUUCUGGCAAGCUGACCUUGGUUUCUCAGCGAAUUUACUGAGCCAAUUCCUUGAAGAUAUGGAGGCAUAUGCUGAAGAUUACCACCAGCAAACGCAGGCCUCCGGGGUCAGAAGUGGUUCUGCUCCUCCAAGGAAUGAUGUUUAUGAUAACGAUGAGAUCCUAACACCAGAUGUCUGUAAAAGCAAGAUACUCUCACUUCUAAGGGUAUAUACGACAGUGGUGAAGUGUCUUGACAAGGAGUUUGUUCCAGUCAGUAGUCCUCCCAUCACAGUAGAAUACAUUUCCCAGGUUUUGAGUGGAAUACCCAAGUGUGCCAGGAUCUUGAUGUCUGAUUCCUCCGACCCAGCCCUAUCCCACAUCACAACCAAGUGCCUGAUUGUCAUCCUAGAUUGUAUCCAAGAUAACCUCCCCAAAUGCAAACAUGACCUCUUCACCUAUGCCCUUUCGGAGGUUGAAAGGAUGAUUGAGUCUGAGCAAAAACCCGCCUCAGAUUUAGUGCUUUACAUGACUUUGUUGUACAAGGUCAUCAGAUGUAGUAGAGAGUUGGUACCUGCUGAAAUCAUCCAGAGACUCCUAGAACCAGUGUCCAAGAUUGCUUCUCUCAAAUACCAUACAAAUCCAAAGGUGGUUAGCUGUCUGAUGAAAACUGUUCAGAGUCUACUGAGUGUGAAAGAUGUCCCUACCCUAGAAAUCACCUAUGGGUUCUUGCUGCUUGACCUUCAGUCGUCGUACAAUCGACUUCUCUCCUACUUGAACAGUGAGGUCAAAUGUCAGUUGACCUCUGAGGGAUGUAAUGGCAUCAAGGACACAUCAGUCUUAGAUAGUAUCCAAGGAGCAGAGUUGACCGUCACCUUCACCUUAGCUGCCCUUUCAGAUAUCAGUUCAGCAAAGAGCUCCAUCAUGGGGAUGUGGGUGUUUUCCCCAAGCAUCUUUGACCUGUUGACCCUUCACCUUUCUCCAACCCACUGGGAUAUAGCUCUAGGCUUUCCUUCCACCUACUACACCAUACUGCACAUGCUUUAUACACAUUGCAAGAGUAAUGGUCACUUCAUAUCAAGUAGCUUUGGUCUGACAGCUGCAUCUAAGACAAGGAUGAAUUUCUCAAGGACUCUUGCACUCCUUCCUGAGGUCUUGACCAACCCAGCAGUAUCGGAUGAAAGCAGGAGUCUUGCUCUUUGUUGGAUGUUGAGUAUCUUACAAUAUAUUCAGCAGAGCAGUUACUCAGCAGUCUAUCUUACAUCAGCAUUCACACAAGCAGUAUCAGCCUUAGUACAUGUUGCCCUCCAUGAAGAUCCGUCUGUGACCCUACAAGCAGCUCAAUGCAUGGGACUGGUCAUCAAGAAUGCUAGACCUCAAAAAGAAUUUCUUGUCAGCUGCUUGGAAGUGUGUCAUACCAGACUAGUUAGCUGUGAUGAUGAUGUCAAACGUGCAUUUACCGACCUCAUGCUAACCCUUCCUUGUGACAUCUUAUACAGCUCGGACAUUGCUCCUGUAAGCCCAUCUCAGCACUCUGACGAGAAGCGCGAUGGACGGGAGAACAGUGGUGAUGAUAUCAUCCAGAACCUUCACGUCAUGCAGAGAGCCAGACAGAAACACAUGGGAAGCAUACCAAAUACCACAUUCAACUCUCACAACUACAGGACAGUCAUGGCUUAUAUCCUCAUGGGUGAAGCACCCAAAAAUCCUAGGUGGCUUGAAAGGCUUUUCCACAGCUGUCAGAGGCCACACAACAGUGUACACAAGUACGAAAAGGGCAGCAUCACCCUGCCAGCUUUUAUAAACGACAAUGAGGCUGUGCAGUGGUUUUGGGCUACCUGGGAAGCAGCAAACUUCUGUGUCCUGUCAAAGUUGCGUACUCCACUCGGGAAGCCUCAGGAGACCUUCACUGCAAUACGAUCUGCUCUGAGUGAGUUUAUCACUGAUAUGAAAGUGGAAAAUUCCGGCACCUCAGGCAAUGACAAGAUAACUGCAUUCAGUGAAGAAUACAAGAGUGCUCAGCUAAGACCCAUCCUACUUCUACAGUAUCUUGAGCAUUUAGAGAAGCUCAUGUACAAUGCUUAUGAGGGAUCGGCUGUGGCCCUACCUUCAAUGCCAAAGCCUGUGAAAGCAUUCUUUCGGACAAACCGUGUGACAUGCCAUGAAGGUUUUGCUUUAGUACGUCCCCUGGCUUAUAACUUGGCCAUGCACUGCAGUCAGUAUGCCAGUGCCUUGCACCAUGCUAUCACCAUGAUACAAGACCUUGUAGCCAAGAACAAAACAACGGGCCAUGCAUUUGAAGAUUGCUUGCAGCGUGUAAUAGCACCCUUAGUGAAGCUGCAGUGUCCUCAGUCCAUCCAGGGCUUGCAGUCUUGGUGUGAGAAGGUUGUUGGAAGGUCAUUCAGUUGGCCGGAACCAAUGGUACUCAAGGCAGAUAAAAGGUUUGAGUCGUGUGUGACGGACACCCUCUUGACCAUCAAGGAUUACCUGAAUCUAGAUGAGAUCCCAAACCAUGCUGAUCUUAUUAAGGCUACCAGACACACCAAAGGACCUGCACGGGCCACCUCACCACCUGAUAGCCCCCCUGGAGGAAGGGAUGGUAUGAAUCCCAAGCUACUCACCAGGGGUAUGGAACCACCGCCUCCCUCACAAAGUGGUGUAGUGGUUGAGUACCUCCUGCAUGAGGUGAUGGAUUGCUAUGAGCGAUUGACGGACUAUAGUAGCGCCCUCAAGUGGCAGGAGUCUGUAAAGUUGUUGCGAGGGAAGGUUCACUCAGCUCUGCAGGGUAAUGUCAAGCUUUCAACUGAUACCAACACUCUCCAGGCAUUACGUCACUUUAACGAGAGGGACUUCCCCUCUGUGUCUGACCAGCUAGCCUUGAUUCCAGGCAUGUCAUUGGAUGAUCUGAACCCAAAGGACCCUACAGUAGGAAUCGCAACCGUCCACUCACCAACACUCCUCUUGAGGGCAGGUCAGCUGGAGCAGGCUAGGGCUCUCACCCACUAUCACCUGUCUGGGUGUGCUGGUAGCUUCCCAACCACCAGUAACAGGGGUGUUGUUUGUACCCAUCCACAGCUGUCCCUUGUUGUAGAGGUACUACAUACAGUGAGUAAGCUGGCAGAAAGCAGUCUUCAGAUGAUGUGGAUGGAUUGGCCUGUUGUUCCUACUCCUAGUCAUACCAUGCUUCUACAGACAACAGACAUCAUCAAGAAAACCAUUCAGGAUCCAUCACAGCUGUACCUGUUGCCUCAGAGUAACGAUCUUCAACUGAACCCAUCCCAACAUGAUCUGACCAUGAUGACUGAAGCUACAAGAGUCACCUCUUACCAACUACAUCUACACUCUCGGGUUAAUUCAGACAACAACAUGGGUACUAUCACUGAGCUUACAUGUCACCUAUCCAAGCUGCGACUAGCUACAUCUCGUCUUGCUAGGAAACAAACCAACUUCUUGGCUGCUCAACAGAUACUCCUAGAACAGCUGGACUUCAUAGCACCACACACAGAUAAUUCUCAGAGUUUGGACAAGAAGUUGAUGAACCUUGAGAUCCAUGCGAAGAAGCCUGCCCAGCCUCUCCUGACAGCACUCUCCACGCUAGACCCACAGACCUUCACAUCCUUGGAUGUCCUACGCACAGAGCGAGAAUGCUCCAAGCUCCUCCACUCUAUGGGCAACCAGAUAGAGUCCUGGGCACAGCUCUCCAAGACAGUUGUCCACUAUGCCACCCUUGCGGCCAACUCGACCUACGUUCUCCUCCCUUCCGAUGCGGCGGACAUGACGGACCUCUGCGCCAGGUCGCUGCUGAGCAUGGUCAAGUGGAUGACUGCUGACUACAGGACUGCCCUGCCGUACCUGAAGCAGUGCCAUCGGCUUGACUUGGGUGAUGCCCCUGAACUGAGCUGUAGCCUAGGUAUACUCCUAGAGAUGGAGAAACAUGGAGCCUUGCAAGGGUUUGGAAUGGCUGCGUAUGGUUCCAGAGAAGCAGAUGUGACAAACUUGAUAGGACAGAGUCCAGCAGUAAGUGAUACAGAUGCUGUCUGUGGAAGACUUCUUCAUCUUGGUAUCAUGCAGUCACCGAGCCUUCCCAAGGCAUGGUCUUCUCUCGCUUCCUGGUGCUACCGUUGGGGACGCAAGGCUGUUGACAUGGCUAGUGAGGACAAAGGAGUGGCUCUUACAGAGGGUGAGAAGGCAAUAGUAUUGUCUGUGCUGCCAGCUGAAAUAACCAAUGCUGAAACUGAUGAGAUCUUGAGAGUUCUGAGUCAGGCUCACUGCACCAUCAGCAGCGUACAAGAGGAAGAUAUAGUUGAACAAGGACAGGCCCAUUAUCAUGAUGGUUCAGAGACAACAAGACUGCUGCUGAUAUCAGUGUGUCCUUCCCUCGCUGACAUGGAUAGCUCAGUGCUUGAGCAUCUCCUGGAUGUAUGGGCAGGGGUGUGUCGAAGGAUCUUCUCUCAUUAUCGUCUCUCCGUCUGGAGCUACUUUACGUUUCUCAAGCUCAAUGGAGGGAAUGCCCUUGACAGUAGAGAUGCUCCCAUGACCCAGCUGAACACCAGCAGCAACAAUGCCAAGACGGAACUGAACCUGAACAACAGCAGCGCAGGAGGAACAGGAGGAGUGGGUGGAGGACAAGGAAGCGAGAGUGAGAGCAUGGUAGGGUUUGGUAGACAGGAAGAUAACAACAUCACAGCCACCCUUCGUCUGCUGAGAUUGCUCGUCAAGUAUGCUUCCGAACUCAGGGAUGUCUUGGAGGAUGGAUUCGCUACCACACCUACAGGACCUUGGAAAAGUAUUAUCCCUCAGCUGUUCUCUCGGCUCAAUCACCCAGAGGCCUAUGUUCGUCAGAGUAUCUCUGAUCUUCUUUGUCGUAUUGCUAAGGACUCACCGCACCUGAUUGUCUACCAGGCUGUGGUAGGAAGCCCUGAUACUGGCACUGCUGAGGUGGAGAACCAAUUAGCCCAACCGAGUUCCAUCACCAACUUCCUGACCAGCCCCCAGGUCAACCCUCUCCAGGACAGCCUCCUGUCCUCUUCCCAGCAGGGUGGCACUGACAGCCAGCAAGGAGAGCAGGAUGUCUCUCAGGAUGUCGGGGAUGAGGAGGAGGAGCGGAAGCAGCACAAUCACUCCAUGCACCUGCUUGAGGAUUGCUUGAGGGCGCUGGUCUCCACGCUGUCCUUGCAUGAUCCCAACCUCGUGUCUCAAGUGGAAGUGCUGGUCCAGGAACUUAGGCGGAUCACGCUGCUGUGGGAGGAGGUGUGGAUCGGGACCCUCACACAGAUACAGUCAGAUGUUACAAGACGACUGGAGAAACUUGAAGAAGAAGCCAAGAGAGUUUCCAGGAAUGAAAGCCUAGAACAUCGACAGAAGAGAGCUUUGAUGAUGAAGAAACAUCAAGCCAUCAUGAAACCCAUUGUGUUCACAUUGGAACAGCUGAGCCAGAUCACUGGGAAGCCAGCAGACACACCCAAUGAGAGGGCAUUCCAAGAAGCCUUCAAGGAUCAGCUAGAGUGUGCCAUCAAGUCACUCAAGUAUCCUGACAAUCCUGAACAACCUCAACAAUCGUGGGCUCCAUUCAAACAGCUUGGUCACAUGCUACAGCAGCGUUCCAAUCGUCGCUCCACCUUCUUGCUUCAGAUGAGUGAGAUCAGUCCUAAGCUAGCCAAGAUGAAAUCAACAGCCAUCCCUCUACCUGGUCAUGUCUGUCAUACAAAUCAGGUUAUUCACAUAGAAUCCUUCAUAAAUACAGUCAACAUUCUUCCUACAAAGACCAAACCUAAGAAGCUUGUAUUCCUAGGAUCUGAUGGUAAGAAAUACACCUACCUCUUCAAGGGUCUGGAAGACCUUCAUCUGGACGAGAGGAUCAUGCAGUUCUUGUCGAUCGUCAACUGUAUGUUUGCCAGGAACAAAAGACAAGAUGCGCCACUUUUCCAUGCCUGUCACUACUCAGUCACCCCUCUUGGACCUCGUUCCGGUCUGAUAUCCUGGGUUGAUGGAGCUUCAGCUCUCUUCAGUCUCUACAAGAGAUGGCAACAGAGAGAAGCUGUAGCUGCUGCUGCUUCUAAGGUUGGAGAUAGUAACAACCCGCCACCAGUGGCUAAACCCAGUGAAAUCUUCUACAACAAAGUGACAAAGGCACUCAAGGAAGAGGGUCUGUCCAGCCAAACUCCUCGGAAGGACUGGCCUCUGAGCAUGAUGAGAAAGGUCUUACAGGAACUGGUGACUGACACUCCAGACUAUCUACUUGCAAAGGAGCUGUGGUGUAGCAGUGGUAGUGCUUCUGAAUGGUGGCAUCUAACCCAAGCGUUUGGCCGAUCUACAGCGGUAAUGUCUAUGAUUGGUUACAUCAUCGGUCUUGGAGAUAGGCAUCUGGACAAUGUGUUGGUCAAUUUUGUAACUGGCGAGGUUGUUCAUAUUGACUAUAAUGUAUGCUUUGAGAAAGGGAAGAAUCUAAGAGUUCCAGAGAGAGUUCCUUUCAGGAUGACUCAGAAUGUCCAAGCUGCAUUGGGAAUCACUGGAGUUGAGGGUAACUUCCGUCAGUCCUCAGAGGAGGUUCUGAAGAUCAUGCGCAAGGGUCGUGAAACCCUGCUGAACCUGCUGGAAGCCUUUGUGUAUGAUCCCCUUGUGGACUGGACCACAGGGAACGAUCGAGGGUUCGCUGGAGGGAUCUACGGCGGUGGUCAGGUCAAUCCAGCUGCUCCUGAUGUUGGACUGAACAAGAAGGAGAUGGAGGUGGAGAUCACCAGGAGCCUCUUCCAGUCCAGGGUGUUUGAGAUGAGGGAAGCUUGGAUGCAGAAUCAAGAGGACAUGUUGGAUGCAAUGGUAAAGCUCGAGGAGCAUCUUGAUUUCCUUCUUGACGAUGUUGAAGAGAAGAAAGAUAUGGAAGGUGAGGUUAAGACGUUUGAACAGCACCUACAAGAAGCACAGACGGCUCUCAAGGACAAGACCCAUUCUCUGCAUAGUCUCAAUGAAAGAUACCGUGAGCACAGACAACUGUUGGAAACCAGAGAUAAAGCAUUGAAAUCAGUUGAAGCACAGCUUCAGGAUUUCAACAACCAUCACAUCCAGCACAAGAUAGCAUUAGAAGCCAUUCAAGAUCUAGCAGCUCUUAGCCAACAGGUUGAACAACCUCUGGAUGUUGGAGCACCAAGCUAUGUGCCUGCUGUGAGUUUCCUACAGAAUGCUGGCCAAGCUCAAAUCAUCCAACAGUGUGAACAAGCUGAGAGUGAGAUGGAGAAGGUUCUUAAACAGAGGAGAGAGCUGGUAGUUUCAUGUGUAGAGAUCCUCAAGGCUUACUAUAGCAUGGUCACUCUGUUCCCUCCCAAUUUCUAUGAGAUGACACGUACAUAUGUUUGGCACCAGUGGUUGCAGCAGCUACAACAGUCAUUUACAUCAGACAUGUGUGCCAACAUCCUAGCAAGUUUCAAGUCGUGUUAUGCUCCGCCCACACCUGCUAGAAUCCAGGAGGUAGUUGCCAUGGAGAUUCAACUUCAGGAUCUGGUUGUUACGACAGCAGCCAAUCUCUCCAUGGCUGCUGACUGGACGGUGGGAAGCGUUGAAAGAGAAACGGCAGCAGAGGGUCAGAUGACACAUAGUAUGGAAGAACUGACACACUGGAUCAAAGAACAUGAAAGUGCAGCACCUCCACUUGUGACAAUGAACAUGAUGAAUCUACUUCAUAUGUACUCUAGCACGACACUGCUCAUGGAAAAUGCUAUGUCAGCUAACAUGUCUCCUGAGUACUUGUCUCGUAAUGGACGCUGGUUUCUGAAUGAACUAAGUGGAACACUUGUCAACAUAGAAUCAGUCAUGGGGAUCAUAUCAUUAGGCAUAGAGCCUGAAAAUGAAGACCCUUGUUCUCUACCCAACCUGAUCUCCUGCUUCAAAUCCAUAACUGCAGUCUACGAACAGCUUCAGACAUUACUGCAGCAUUUCAGUGAUGUUGCCUCUGAGGCAGUCAGGUUGAUCCAAAGCCGCGAUGCUUCGGUUGUGUCCUCUCUAGCUGCCCUAGAUGCCCUAUGUACAGACCCCCAGGUUCCCUUGCAGAGUGUCAUCUAUCAGGUCGAAACUGAUCUUCUUGCAGCAGAACCUAACUCACAGGCUCCAUCUUCAGAACUAGUCAAGGAGCUCCGAUCCAAGUUUGAGAGUCUUCUGCAUCCAUCAGCCAGGACAGUCAAGCCACCAGCAGACGAGAUUCCUGAUCCAGCCGCUUCUCAGCCUCCCACCAUGGGUCAGAACCUGCUAGCAGCCAUUCAUGUCCUUUUCAAGAGACUUGGGCAGAGUCUAGAGGAUUUUGCAGAGUGCUGGGACAAGGUUGCCUUCCCUCAAGAGUGGUUCAGGGUAGAUGGCGUGUUCUUUGAGGCUGUCAGCCCAAAGACAAUGACUGUAAGUUGCUACACUAUUCCUUUGCUGAGUGAUCUCUUCUUUGUAAAACAGUUGGAGGCUGCGCAUACCUGUCUCACCAAGUGUCGAAACCAUGCAUUGGCUCUCUCAGGUUUACCCCAUGAACUGACUGAUAAUGGUUUAGUAUAUCAGGAUACCAAUGAACUGUUAGGGUUCAUUCAUUCAGAAGAGAUGCUAGUCAGGCCAGUCAAACUCUUCAUUGUGGAUUUCAUCUCCACCGCACUUCUUGGUAUCCCAUCUACAAUCCUUGGCCUGUGUGUGUGUUGCCUGGCCAAUCAGAUUGGCUUGGAUACCACCAACCCUGUCAUCUACCAGCCACACAAUGGUCCAAUGGAUGCGCUGUACAAACUGCCUCUGGAUGAUCUGUGUCAGAAGGCAGCCAAGGAAGCUGUAGAGACAGGCAGGGUGGAUGCACCUGAAGGCUCACCGGUCCAGCACUUCAUCAGGAUGUAUGACACGGCCAGCAGAGCAAGAGGGGAAGCUUGCCAGCAACAACAAAGCUUAGAGCUAGCUCAAGAUGUAAACCGUAGAGCUAAGACCCAGCUACUGAGAUUCCAAUGGCUGUAUGAAGACAUCCUACAGGCAGGUGGACCUGAAAGGGCUGGAUAUCAGUUUGUCGCACCUGCCAGGUCUGCCAUCAUGUCUGACAUGAGGAAGCGUCUUCAAGCCCUUCAGGCCAUUGAAGGUGCUGUAGGGACAAUGCAAGAGCGUGCUCUGGGUGUACAGGGAAGGGUAUGUCAGCGAUUGAAAUGGGCUGCAGGAGCUAAUCCAUCUCUGGCUAAUGUCAUGAAAGACGUAGAUACAUCUAUACAGGGCAAGACACAGCUUUACACGCUUGAGACAAAGAGAGCAUCAGAAGUUGGAGCACUUUGUCAUGCCAUCCUCCACUUUGAAGGAAUGAGAACCCGUACCUCAGAAUCUGUGUAUGCUGACAAUAGUUUCCAUGACAUGCUGCAAAGAUGUCUUCAGGUUUGUAACUCCUUGGUAACCAGAUCAUCUAAUCUAAGCCCAGCUGAAGAGGAUUAUCUAGCUUUGAAACCUUUGACCAUCGAUAAACCUAUCAACAACAAAUGGAUCAAGGGACUCUCGGAGUCAAUCCGCAAGAAGAUGGUAGAACUCCAAGGCAAGGCUGCUGAAGCUGAGGCAAAGAUAGAGGCUGACAAGGAAACAGUCCAGACCAUGGUUGAUGUGGUCAAGAUGGGUUUGACCACCCAUAAUGAACUAAUGUCAGAGGUCAAAGGCAUGCUGAGGGUCAUUGCUGAGGAUGAGGAAGGUGGUCGUGCUGGGAUGGCUGAAGCUCAAAGGUUCAAGACCUUCUACAAACAAUAUUCAGAAACCUUUGCAACCAUGCUUGGCAAGAUACUGACAACAUCAUCUAAUGAGAAUGGUGAGAAGCUGCAAGAACUGAUUGAGGUCAAGCCCACGAUCAACUCACUAAUAGACCAUGUCAAAGGGAUGUACGAUCGUUUGAUUAGCAUUGCUACACAAUCUACAGAGGACAAAGAAGAGGAAGGAGAUGAGAAAAAUGUUGUGAAUGGUUCCACCGAGGCCCCCGGGACCACUGACAACAAACCCAACAAGUCUCUAGCAGGGGAACAGGCUGAAGAGGACCCCAAACCCCCUCCACAAGGGAAGGUUACCACCAAGCAACAGGUUAAAAUCAGGGAGGUACGCCACUCUACUCCACCGGCUGCCAAGCAGGGAGGGACCAAGGGUUCACCAGCCAUCAUGCGAGACCCUCGGACCGGUAAGAUCAUCCAGGUGAGGAACACCUACGCCAUCAACGUCUGGAGGAGAGUUAAAGGCAAGCUGGAUGGUAGAGACCCGGACCCUGCUAAGAGGCUCGCUGUCACAGAACAGGUUGACUAUGUGAUCAAGGAAGCAACAAGUAUAGACAACCUGGCAACCCUGUACGAGGGCUGGACGGCCUGGGUGUGAGGGAGACCACACCCACAUACCCGAUCCCCCCGCUGGGGAUUGUGGGAUCAACCAACCAAAAAAUCGUAGAGAGUGAGAGAGAAAGAAAGAGGCGGUGCCAAGCCGCUGACAUCCAGACAUCACAGGAAGCAGGCCCCGCCCCUCUGUUCAAGAGACUUUUGGAGUCGCCUUACAAGGGGGGCAGGGGUUUAGAUCUUGCUGGAUUUAGGUGAUACUUGGAUGGAAUUGGAGCUCUGGCUGUAGGAUGCAACGCAGAAAUCUAGUCUAUCAUGUCUCAUGCUGCUUUAAAGAGGAAAUAUUAACAAAGCCAUUCUGAGAGGCCAAUGUGAAGCAUUGAUGAGAAUAUUUGUGAAACUUACUGAUUCACACAACUGAUUUUUCCAACCUGAUCAGAAAAAAAAUAGCCUUAGCGUAGAAUAAUGAUUGCAAGAAAAUGCUGCUUGCUUUGGGUUUAUUUAUACCUUAUUCUUUGCUGUAUUCAUGGGAGAAAAUGAUAAGAUUAAAAAUAUAAAAAAUGCCAGAAGCUGCCUCUCAAUUUUUCAGGCAAUAGUACCCUACAAUUGGAAAAGCAUGGCCACAACAAUAUAUCUAUAAAUUUCCUCCUUUUGGAUGCCACUCUCAUUCAACGAUAAUAGUUAUCAGUUGACUGCCCCUGCAUAUGUUCUUUGGUUAAAAACGUUGAAAUCUUUUCAGUUUUGGUUCCCCCUGAACUCAUUGAUAAGUCUACUGAUCAAUUGUCCCCAAUCUCCUUAAAUCAAAUAUAAUCUUGAUGAAAAUAUUGAAAAUGAAGAUGCCCCUCUCAUACACUUGUGCCUGUUUGGUAUCACACAUUCUAUGAAUUUACGCCGAUGGUAGGUGAAACUGUCACAUUAAAUUGUUUUUGUUCUUUUCUCCCAAUCCUCCCCCCUCCUUGAAGAAACUCGCAGAUUAGCUAGUGAUUUCCUUACACCAGCAAAUCAUCAAGGUGAUACAGUAUUAAUAAAUAUAAAGUAUUAAAUAUUUAUUCCAGCAGCUCCCCUCCAUUGCACUAUUACAACAGCCCACAACUAGCAAUUAUAUAUAUGAGAAUUAUUUCAGUAUCUUGCUUGUACAGAUAGUUGGGGUAUUUUAGUUCUACAGGAUAUACUUUCUCUAGAUUAUCAGUUAUACAUCAUACAUAUUUGUGAAAAAAAAUUAUGUAGAGUGACUAUCUAUGAGAUCUCUGGUACUUCCAUCAAUGUUACUUGUAACGGAAAUUGGGUCUUAUUUUUUUGAUACUGAGUAUCAUUGGUAGAUGCAACAAUUUACAAAAUAUGCAAAAGUUUAUGAUUUCAUUUCCAUGAGUACAGACUAUCAUUGUGAGGUUCAACAGUUAUACAACAUAUUGGUAGUUUCACAAGUAUUCUCACCCGGUGCUUUAUAUUUAUCAUUGGUUUCAUGAAGUGAUGAAGAUGGUUUCUUUGAAGAAUUAGAGCAUGCAUUUUGUCCAUAGAAACAUGAUGGAGAGUAAGCCAAUUGCAAAGCCAUGAGCUCGAAGAGAAACAGGGUUUCUCAUUAGUUAUAGAGGACUGAGAGUUAGGUAUGAGACGAUCAUAGAUAUAAUGCUAUGGCAUUGGUUUGAGUCAAAGAGCAAGGGUUUGCUUCUGUAUUGGAAAGUCUUGAUUAAAAGGGUUAGCCUAUGGGAUGGUGAAGAAAUUGAAAUAUCCAAAGUGAAUGAGGCAUCAAUGCCCUUGGGUCGGUUGCUGACCUGUUCAUCAGAAUUGGAAGAUAAGAAUAUUUCAGGUAAAUCCUGACUUGAGUUGAUAAUUAUUUCAAAAUUCUAUAGCAUUGAUAGAAGCUGAGGCCGUUGCCUAUGAAUUUGAGCAAACCAUUUUUCAAGACAGGUGUUCAGUAGGUCAUUUUCUAUCAUGAUGUCAUUAAAAUUAACCACUGAUAUCAUUUCAAGUUUGUCAACUUGACAGUCGAUGUCAGGAAUGAGUUUAAACAAAACCCAUAAUUUCUUUGACUUGUUUUUGAUCAAGCGCCGUUGAAAGUGUUGCGAUGGGAUAUGUGAAUUGACACAGAGUGUGAAAAACAAUCCCAGCAUCAUUAAUUUCAAAGAAUUAUAUCCUGUCAAAGAAAUUUAUUGACAAAAUUUCUAUUACAAAUUUGCAAAUUGGUUGCAUUUUCUUUCCUGAAGUUGUAUUGGAAAGAAGAAUGCGCUCGAUUAGACUUGUGAAUGUGUUCAUAUUGGUUUUUUUUCUGUUUCACUUGCAUGUUUCCUUGUAGACUAAACUAUGUAAUUGUAUUCUGGUUUGUAUGGUGUAUGUAGUAAGAAAACCCCUUUAUAAGUGUUCCCAUCAUAUAUUUUAUGGUAGAUAAGGUAUUGUUAAUUCCUUGCAUGUUAUUGAGUGGGGAAAAUCAUCCUAUAGUGAGCAUGAAUUCCAGUAUGAAUAAUCAUAAUAAAAUGGAAAUAGUUUUGUUACUCUUAUUGUUGUCUUAACUUCAUGUUCGAUGUAUUUCCAACGAGAAACGUAUCUAAUACAUAUCUACCAUAAAACAACUGAUAAGUUGCUAUUUGGAGUCUUAGGAUGAAGAAAUCAGUUUUAGUUACAGGUGUACUGUUAUUUUCUGAGAGGUAUAUGUAAUGCAAUAUUCCAUUAUCUGUCAGAUUCCAGGUUCAGAUAAGAUGUACAACUUACACUUUUCAGUGUUUGAAAAUGAUGUACACACAUUCAUUGUAAAGCUGGAAACUCAUUGAAGCUUUUGAUUCAAGUAGCUUUCAAAUAACUUACUAUAUUCGGGGGAAAAGGUAUAAGAGAAUGAAUUGACUACAUGUGCAGUUUCAGCUUUAUCCAUUGUCCAGUGAAGUGUGUUUAGUCAAACAUUUUAUGUCCUAGGGCCGGUAUCACAAAGCUUAGCGAUUGAUCAUACAAUUAAUUUGUAUGCUUGAUUCUAUAUAGUAAUAUGAUGAUGGGGAUUUUUGGUUUUUUUACCUGAUUGCUAAGAAAGCAUGAAUGCUUGUAAGCAUGUAAUCAAACAUAAAAUCAGCCUUAUGAUCAAUCAUUAAGCUUGGUGUUAUAUGGGGUUCUGGACAUUAUAUUAAACCCAGGUCUCAUGCUCAUUACUUUUCACACACUUUUUCCUUUAUUUUAAAAAUUCUGGCUUUCUUACAUUAUGAUCAUCAGAACGUGGAACAAAAAUCUUGUCAAGACUUCCAGUCUUUCUUUCUGGUACAUCUUGAUCCUACUCGACUUGUAAUGACCAGUAAGUUAUAUGCAUGCAUUUUAUGUGGAGGGUGUACGCAUCUCUCCUGUUCGUAAGAUAAGAGCGACUUUAAAAACGACUGGUGAUCAUUUCUUAUGGUAAAUGGUACACCAUUGGCGAUGGUUUAGCAUGUAAGAAAGGUUCACCAGUCGCUCUUAACUUGCGAACAGCUUUAUGAAACGGCCCCCUGGUAACAUAUAUGAUGCUGGCAGGACCAAUGUUUGUCCAACCUACCGUAUUCUUGAAAGAGUCCAAGUGAAGAUGCCGAGACCACUGAUGGAGGAAGACUGUUCCAUAACUCUACUACCCUCUGACUAAAACUGUUUUCUCCUAAGGGCAGUGUUUGACCUUUGUUUGAAUGUUUCAAAAUACAUUUUCUCUGUAAUUCCAAAGGAUUGUUUUUGGUCCAAGUUUUAAAUAGCAUGUUAUAUAUCAUGAAUAUAAAGCUAAGAAUCUGCUCAUUUCAAAUGCAAUUUAAAAACCAGGAAGUAAAAUUUGCAACUUAUUGGUCAUUUUGUGGUGGAGAAACUGGAGAAUUGUGUACCUAAUUAGUCGCAUUUUCCAAUUCAUUUGUAUGUGGUCUUCAUAUUAAAUGUUUCAUAUUGUUAUCUUUUCUCUUUUUUUAACCAUUUUUUCCCCAUAGGAACCACCUAUUCUUUAUUUGAACAAAAGGUGUUUAUUUAGAGGCUUCAGAUAAAAUAUGAUUAGCUGAAAACAUAGCAUGUCAUCAACUGUAAAAUAAAAUUACUCUGUAUUAAUCUUAUUGUGAUUAUUGUUGUUUUUUUGCUGGAGAGAACAUUUUGGAAGAUUAGCUUUGACAUUCCUACUCCCAAAAUACAUUUUCAGCACUCAUAUAUACGUAAUUUAGCUGUAGCAGUGUUGCAAAAUAUCUUUAAGAUAUCAAUUAUAUCGUUAAUGUAAACACCACCUUUUAUUGACAAACCAAGAAAAGUUUACCAUUUACCAAUGUAAGAAUACAGAAUACCUAAUAGACUUAUUGAAUAUGUGUUUAUGAUCUCAUUUUAGAUAGAGUUAAAAAUAGUUUGGGAGGUAGAAAUGCUUAAUUAAAGUAAGUACCUAUUGUAAGGCUUUUGCUAUUGAUAUACUACUCCUAGUGUUCCAUAAUUACUGUUUCUUUUUGUUUUAUAUGUUAAACAACUAUUUACUCUUCUGAUGGUGUAUUGCAUGAUUGUUAGAAUUAAACAGUUUCCUAACAG